AUGACAAACAACCACAAUGCGAUUGACGGCGCCAACCAGUGGCGCAUAUGGUGCUCCUUGCACCGAACGAACUACCCAUCGGCCGCCGCCUACAUCGCCAGAUUGACGAAUGAGCUGCCAGAAGCCAGAUGUGCUAUCGGCUAUCUGAAUCUUCAUAGAAGACCGGAGAACUUCGACUACGAUACUUUUGUUGCGCACUGCGACCUCAUGACUACCAAAUUUAACAAACCUGAUCUUGUAUUCGGCAACAAUCUUCCGGACAAAUAUACCCCUUCCCCUUGCGGUUCCAAGCAACGGAGAGUCUAA